AUGUCAUCAUCUUUUGACUCUGAGCGUAGCUUUGAAGGCAUUCAAAGGUCAUUAUUCGAUUUGAUCGAUUAUAUUCAAAAACACACCAACACAACCAAACAAACAACAUCACAUGAACUACUUCCAACAUCGACAUCACCACAUUGGCCUAUUUAUAAGUUUCUAAUGUUUGCAUUCUCUGUGAAAAUAACAAGGUAUUUGGAGAAACGUGGUUUUCUAGAAGUCUCAUCUAGUGGUGUGUCCAGUGAAUUGGAAAGAAUUAAUCUUCUUGCCUAUCGUGUUGGUACUAGGUUCUUGAGGAUUCCUCCACCCGGCGAUGAAGAUGACUUUGUAGCAAACUUUCUUGAACCCCAACAAAUGCUAGACUUCACAACGGCAUUUAUCGACAAUAUGUUGGAUGUACACAACAGGAUUGUCAUACACACACAACAAAAUGAUGGAACUGGGUCCCUAUCCGAUGUAUUUGCCAUGGACAAUACCAUUUCCACAACUGUCAUCUAUUCAUCUUCAAAUGAAACUAUUGAUGAUGGUGAACAAUUACCAUUAUCAUCAUCAUCUGAUGAAUAUGAUUAA